AUGAGAUCGCGCCGUAGGGCAGUUCGGUGUGCGAUUAAACCUAUAAAAGCUGAGAAGGAUAACUUGGAAGUUUCAGUUUGCAGAACUUGCUUGAGCACCAAGAACUUAUCGCCUAUAUUUGACUGUAAAGACGCAGAAAAAAGGGCAGUGGAAUUCCGGCUCGUAACAGGUUUAGAGAUUAAAUGUAACGAUGGCCUGUCACAGAAAAUCUGCAGUAGCUGUAUGGAAACCCUGCAAAACGCAUUGCAGUUUAGAAGGACAAGUAAGAAAUCGGAAAAAACUUUACUGAGCAUGGCAAACGGUAUUAAAGUGAAGAAAAAAUACUCAAAGAAGAAUGGCAAUAGAACCAAAAGGAGUUUGAAGAUUGAGAGAGGGAAGAAGGAAGAGCAAGUAGAAGAUUACUCGUAUGAUUUCUUGGAUAAUGAGUACCCAAUAGAGUAUGAUCAUUCUAAUGCUGAAGACGUAAAACCAAAGAAAAUUGCCAAAGUUAGAGAAAUGAAAGAGCCUAAGCCUGUGAUGGCCAAGCCAAGGCUGGGAAUGAACGGCUCGGCCCCUCCCUACCAGUGCACGUUUUGCUCCAAGGAGUUCCGAAUGAAGGCUACUUACAAAGCCCACCUCAGGUUCCACACCCACUACUGUGUAUGCGAGUCGUGCGGCAAGCGGUGCAGGAACCACAACCAGCUGCAGGAGCACAAGCGGGCGCGCCACGGCCUGGGACGGAUCCACAAGUGCGCGUACUGCGAGUACACCUCCGCCACCAAGGAGGCUUUGACGAUACAAGAGUUCUCUAAUACCCUCAUUAAGAUACACGAGAGGCGGCACACGGGCGAGAGGCCCUACGUGUGCGACCACUGCGGGGCCACCUUCCACAGGAGGUCCAACCUGGUGCAGCACAUCGCUAUCCACCUGCCCGAGAAGAACUUUCAGUGCGACAUGUGCCCGAAGCGGCUGAAGUCGCGCAAGUUCCUCCAGAUCCACAAGCACAACGCGCACACGGGCAAACGGUACGGCUACCUGUGCCCCGUCUGCGAGCACCGCUUCGAGAAGCCGAACAAGGUGAGGGCGCACACGCGCCGCGUGCACGGAAUGCUGGAGGGCCACGGGCCGAUAGUGCGCGUGCAGCUG